AUGUUUCCGGACUCGAAACAUUUCGUGGAUAUGUCACUGAAGUUCGAUCCAAUUGCAACGUUGAGAAACUUCGACGAACUCGGCGAGAAGGCCAACGAUAUUGCAGUCUUGAGAGAAUUCGUACACUCGCAUUUCAACCCUCCUGGAACAGAACUCGUUGAAUGGUUUCCUAGAGAUUGGGUUCGUGAUGAUGUCCGUAGGCAUCAGGAUCAUUAUUCUCUUCUUUAUGUGCCCCAUCCCUUCAUUAUACCAGGCGGACGAUUCAGGGAAUUUUACUAUUGGGAUUCAUUUUGGAUACUAAAGGGACUCAUUUUUUCUGAAAUGCAUGAGACAGCACGAGGAAUUAUCAAAAAUCUCGUCUAUAUGGUUGAUAAUCAUGGAUUUGUUCCAAACGGUGGCCGUGUUUAUUACCUUACCCGGUCACAACCACCUCUUCUUAUACCAAUGGUGUACGACUACUUCCUUGGCACCGGAGAUUUAGAAUUUGUUUUGGAGGUACUACCAACACUCGAGUUAGAAUAUUUAUUCUGGAUCAAGCACAGAUCCAAAAUGCAUGUCGAUGAGAACGGCAAAGAGAAGUUCCCAUAUUAUCAGUAUCGAGCCACUCUGAAAGUACCGCGUCCGGAAUCAUAUCGUGAAGAUCAUGAGCUAGUUCAUCAUUUGAAGAAUAAUGAGGAUAAAACGUACAUGUGGUCACAAAUAGCAUCCGCUGCGGAGACUGGAUGGGAUUUCUCGACGAGAUGGUUUGCCCAAGACGGUGAGGGAAAGCAUGACAUGAGAAGUAUUAGAACGUGGAGCAUCGUACCGGUCGACCUGAAUGCUUUUAUGUGCGCGAAUGCUCGAAUUCUUGCAAGCCUUUUUGAAAUAAGAGGCGACUUCAAAAAGGUGGCGUUUUACCAACAACGGUAUGAAUGGGCAAAACGUGAAAUGAAAGAAAUUCACUGGAACGAGACAGAUGGGAUAUGGUACGACUACGAUUUGGAGAGAAAAGCUCACUCGAAUACGUACUAUGUUUCGAAUGCAAUUCCACUGUAUGCGAAAUGUUAUGACGAUGAUGAUGAUGUUAUACCACGGAGAGUUCUGGAGUAUUUAAAGGCAUCUGGUGUGAUGAAUUUUACAAAAGGCUUGCCAACUUCUUUGGCUAUGGGAAGUGAGCAGCAGUGGGAUAAGGAAAAUGCAUGGCCACCCAUGAUUCAUAUGGUUAUCGAAGGUUUUCGUACCACAGGAGAACCGGAUCUCAUGAAGGUGGCUGAAAAAAUGGCUACUUCGUGGUUGACGAUAACCUACCAGUCAUUUAUUCGGACACAUGCAAUGUUUGAGAAGUAUAACGUUACAACACUGACUGAAGAAGCAUCUGCAGGUGGUGGUGGAGAAUAUGAAGUGCAGACAGGAUUUGGCUGGACAAAUGGUGUGAUCCUCGAUCUUCUUGAUAAAUAUGGUGGCAAAAUGAAAAGCUCAUCAGGAGCGCGUAAUCUGGUCGUCUGUUUGUCUUUUAUUUUUGUGUUGUAUUAUGAUUAA